GUUCGGGCAGUCGCACGUGCACACAAACCCCUCACAUGAAAACAGCACAGGGCAAGGUCGCGGAUCUUGUAGGCGCGCACCGACCCCCUUCGCUCAGCGACCGCCCACAGCAACAACAAGAACGCGUGCAGACCGGAAGAAGAAGAGAAGACGAAGCAGAACAAAACAAAGCAGAACAAAGCAGAAGCAGAAGACUACGCGAGUUGGAGAUCUUUUGUUUGUGUUUUUGGAUUGAGGAAUUCUUUUUGUGUGUGUAAUUGGAGAAUCACGCUUUGCGAAUUCGGCAUCUGGUUUUUUUCAAUAGUUCUUCUGUUGACGAAGGAAGACAAUCAAUCAGACAAAGGGAAGCAAGUCUGCGGUAGUUAAUUGAAUACCGCAUUAUUUCGAAGGAAGAAAAGGAACUGAUAGUGAGAUGGAUUACGAAAACGGAUCGCGAGAUGCGUAUGAAAGCGGAUACGACGAGAGACGAUCUGCGUCGCCGAUGCGCGUCGACGAGCAGCGUGCUCCUGAAAGUGAAUACCGCGAAUCAGGCAAACCAGAAGAACCCGUCAACAAAGGCGACAACCUCUUCGUGACCGGCAUCGCCACGCGCGUGACCGAGGACGAGCUCUCGGAGCUGUUUUCAAAGUACGGCACUGUUGAGAAAUGCGAAAUCAUGAAGGACCCGCACACGCGCGAGUCGCGCGGCUUUGGCUUUGUCAAGUUUGAGAAUAGCGAGCAGGCCGAGCUUGCGCGCGAGAAUCUGCAGGGCCAGGAUUUUGAGGGGAGGGCUUUGAAUAUCGAGGUCGCUCGUCGCAGUCGUCCGCGCACUCCUACCCCUGGCAAAUACUUUGGUCCCCGCAGAAGAGAACCCCCCGCCGACGCCCGCACUACGACGACCGCUACCGCCGCGACGACGACCGUCGUCGCUACGGCGGCGACCACUACGACGACCGCGACCGCGACCGCUACUAUGACCGCGACCGUGGCGGCGACCGUGGCGGCGACCGUGGCGGCGACCGCUACCGCGACCGCGACCGCGAAGACCGCUACCGCGAGCCGUACCGUGGUGACCGGGACCGCGAGCGCGACCGUUACGCGGACAGGGAUCGGGGAUACUCGCGCUACGACGAUUAUCCGCGGUCUGGCCGAUACGACCGCGAGAGACAUUAAACUAUGUCUCUCUGCUUUUGCUCAUUUUUUUGAUGUCACGCAAACGCGUGCUCUGAGAUACCAUGUACGAUGUCCAAAAUGUUUUGUUUUUUGACUAUUUCUGUUUGUGUUUUUGAUCAAAUUUUGUUCUCCCGCGUUUCGAAAAAAGAAAAUGUUUUGGCUUUCUUUGUGAAAGAUUGGCUCUUACGGUUAUGUACAGUAUGUUGCUGAUUUCUU